ACGGUUAGGUCUAUGCGCUGUGGCGUGAUUACCGCAGCGCAUUUAAUGACUCGGACACACGCACACUCAAAUGUACAAACAUACUUGCAAAGCAGCGUUUCCUGCAUUCUUAGUAUAGAACAUUUACAUAAUCAGAAAUAAAUUAAAAACAGAAAAUAUAUUAUCUAAAAUCACUGCAUAUUCAAAUUGAUGUUAUUUUUUAUAUUAUAUUUAUAAAAUAUGAGCGCGCUGACUUUGAAGAGCGCAGAGAGCAGAGUUUAUUUCGCAGUCGAAAGUGCACAGACACGCGUCGUGAGUCAAUAAUUAUACAAGCCCAAAAUUUUUUUGUGCUAGGUACAUACACAUGUGUUUGUAUUUAUGUUUGUAUGUAUGUAUAUACAAGUGUUUGUGUGUAAAGAAAAAAGUGUUAAGAAAUACUACGCUGCAAUGACGGGAGUGCACACAAUCACGCUGAUCUUGACGUCUGUCUGAAAGUGUUUUCGUAAUAUUGGCAAACUCGUUUGUUUGUUGCUGUUAUUGUGAUAUUUAUGCCGAUAUUGUUUGUGUUAUCAGCAUUAUUGAACACGCCAGUGUAUUUCUUUGAGGAAUCUUGCUGUUUGGGUGUGUAUGUUUAUAGGUGUGCUGCCUGUUUAUUAGUGACGCAUGUAAACAACAACAAAGUGAGCGCAACAUAACACCACUACAAAGGCAGUGGAAGGCUUUACACCACCACAUAGACGAUUUACACGCACACAGGCGCAUUAUACCACACACACAAGCGCAAUAUUACACAUACACUCGCGCAUUCAGGGAGAAGAGAGAGUUGUUUAGCGUUGUAUGCCGGCGACGUCGACGUCGACACCGACGUCCAACGCAACGUAAUUGCCUUUUGUUGUGCGCUGCCAAAUGCAAAAGCAGCGAGCGAAACCGUUUAAAUUGCGACUGUGCCUGCUGUACGUGUAGCAAAACGUUUUUCAAUUUGUGGCGAAAAAGACACACAAUACUCGAGUGGAGGAAGGACCUCAGCGCAAACAAGGAAAAAUAUUUAUUGAAAAUACAAAAAUUUAUUAAAAAGUGAAACUUAUAAAUUGAAAGAGAGAGUUGGUGAACUCGACAGUUUUCUAGUGCUAAUGAAGCAGACAACACAUAACGGCGAAACUAAACUAAAAGCAAUGUGCGCUUGCAAACACACAGUGAAUGCGUAGUAUAAAAAACAUUUUUACAAAUAUAAACCGAAUUUAUUUAAGAAAAAACCUAAGCAGCUUGCCAGAGAAAGUGCCAGCAAAUAAUAAUAAAAAAAAAAUAUUACAAAAGAUGUCUAAACAUAAAAUGUGCUAAAAAUAAAAGAAAAUUUUCUUUUGCAAUAUUCUAUAAAAAUUCCCGUGCAUCAAGGCAACAGUUGCGCAUUUCCGCUUCCGCUUUACGGUUUGCUGAACUAAUUGCUUGUUACAGACCAAACUUCGCGCAUCCUUAAGCAAGGCGUAAAAUUAGCCUAAAUUUCAAGUAUUAAUUAAUAUUUCACGAGCAAAAGACAAAAAGUCAAACAAAACGCAAAAUGUCUGUGCCAAUGCUGUUGACCCGUACAAACACUAGCACCUCCCUAGUAGGCAUGGAGCUGGCCGAGGCGCUGCUGCUGGACGAGCACAUAACAAGUAACUCCAAAACCGGUUAUCAAAAUCCAUCAACUAAUUCCCUCUCAACCUUAUCCAACAAAUCAUGCCAACAGUGCGCUUCGUACGUGGACGCAGCUACGAUCGUGAACGAACUGCGGGUUUUGGAAACUGCCUCUGAAACGACGCCAUGCACGCCGACGCUGCAGCAAUUCGCCGUAGAACUGCACACCGAUUUGGGUCCUAGCGAGCGCGUCGGUCUCACCGGUGACGUCAAGGCUUUGGGUGAAUGGCGUUUGGAGCGCGCCAUUGCAUUGGAACCACAACAGGGCGAACGCAGAUGGCAAGCCAAUGUGCUGUUGCAAACUUGCCGUAACAUAAGUUACCGCUAUUUCAUCUAUGUGGAGGACAAGCAAGGUCGCAAGCAGAUACGUCGCUGGGAGACACGUCUACAGCCUCGUGUGCUCAAGCCCGCUGGCGCUGAGUCGGCUAAUAGCGAGACGCGCAUUGAUCGCUUCGGUGAUGCCGAUGGCAGUGGUGAGACACAAGUGAAUCGUGGCUGGUUGACCAAUGAUUGUAUAGUGCAGUUGAAGUUCGAACGCGAACAAAUGUUCCAGGUGCUUGACAUUGAGAAAUUUGACCCGGCCGAUGAAGUGUUGGUGAAGAUUUUGCCAUUGAAUGAGGAGGGCGAACCGACCGAGGCGGGCGUACAUGUUGAGGUGGCGAAAUUGAAGUAUGCGCAGAGUCAUUUGCAGCCCCAGCAAGCUUUCGGCAUUGCUUAUGAGCAAGGCGACAUUGUUGUAUUCCAUAUUACGGCGCCAUGUCCUUUACAGACAGCGUUCGCAAUUAUUUUCCACACACCCGAUCAGCGUCCAGUCGGCAAGGCUGUUAUUACAGCCGCACAGCUGGAGGGUAGCGAGGGUGUGCUGGAAUUGUCCAUCACCGAGCCGGUGCCUGAGGCUACCACCGUUAUUGCGCGUCUAACACUACCGUACCUGAUUGUGAAGCCGUUCGCCGACAAGACGCUUGACUUCCGCACCACAUACGCGCACUACUGGCCCAGGAGCUGGCCGAACUUGAAUGUGGGUCAUCGCGGCAAUGGACGCAGCUACAUUGCUGAUCCGCCAGCCGAACGCGAGAACACGAUCGCUUCGUUUAUGCGCGCUUAUGAAAAAUUCGCUGACAUGAUUGAAUUGGAUGUGCAUUUAACGGCCGAUGGUGUGCCUGUCAUCUACCACGAUUUUGGCAUGCGCACAGCACCACAGGGUAAAAACAUCACUAAGGCUGAGCAGCUGCAGUAUGUGCUCAUCAAAGAUAUAAAUUACGAGAAAUUGAAGCAGUUGCGCGUGUUCGCUAUUAUCAACGGCAAGCCAGUCGAGUUUCCAUCGCACAAUGCAGAGCCCCGUGUGGAGCAUCGUAUUUUCCCCACGCUAGUCGAUGUACUCGAGGGUUUGCCCAAGUCGUUGGGCAUCGAUGUGGAGAUCAAGUGGCCACAGCGUCGUGCCAGCGGCGCGCCCGAAGCGCAUCAGACCAUCGAUAAGAAUUUCUUUACUGAUCGUGUGCUAGCGACCGUCAUCAACCAUGGCUGUGGCCGUCCGCUGCUCUUCUCCAGCUUCGAUGCGGACAUAUGUACAAUGUUACGCUUCAAGCAAAAUCUUUUCCCUGUGAUGUUCUUGACCCAAGGUCAAACCAAGAAAUGGUCGCCUUUCAUGGACUUGCGUACACGCACUGUCGAACAGGCUAUCAAUAAUGCACAAGCCUUCGAGUUGGCUGGCACGGCGCCACAUGCUGAGGACCUGCUGAGCGAAGAGGGCGCGCAGCUUUUGCAGAAAGCGCGCGACUUGGGACAGAUCUCACUGGUCUGGGGUGACGAUUGCAACUCCAAGGAACGCGUGCAGUACUUUGUGGAAAUUGGUGCGACUGCCACAUGCUACGAUCGCACAGAUCUAUACAUACCGGAAGGCAAGGAGCGCGCAUUCUUCAAUUCGUCCAGUCUCCUAGCAGAGUUCGAGGAGCAGUGCCUGCGCUAAGCGGGUUUGCCGUCAAUAGCGGAAGCAGCAAAGUGAUAACAGAGUUGAAAUAACACUCUGAAGGGAGGGUAAUUUAUAAGUGAUCGUGAUCGGCUUGUCGAUCGGAGCAAAGGGGGGAAGUAUAUGCCGAGUUUUAUACGGGGGCGAUUUGAGUAACGGCAUUAUUCACUUUCAGUAGACUUAACUAUAUUUUUUUAUAAAAGAUAUUCACAAAAACACCAUAUAAAAAUAGAAAACAAAAUCUUCAAGUAGUCGCAAAUAAAUUUUAAUUAGUACACACACUUACACAUAUAAAUAAGCAAUAAUAAUAACAACACACAACAUAAUUUAAUGUUAAAAAUCGUAGAAAGAAAAACAAAAAUACGCUUAAGACAUAUGAAUCACAAAAGAUAUGAAAAAUAGUUCCGUUAAAGAAACAAGAAUACAAGAAAAACUUGGAACUGUUUUUUAUUUAAGUCGCCGCUUGCGAUCAAUGCGGUUCGCUGGCGAACGCUGGUCGCAAAGUGAGUGCAUGAGAAAUCCAAAGCGAAAGUAUAAGGUACAGUAGCGUUGUAUGUGUUGGCGGCUAAACGGCUGCGCGUACAGCUCGAGCGCCAGCAAGGAACUGUGGUGUGGCGGCGGUGACCCUCCCAAGCAGUAAGUAAUUCUGCCCCUGAUAAAAACGUACAGUAACAGCAACAACUCUUGAAAAAAAAACAAAAAUUGCAAAGUGAGAGUCUGUUUGCGGGAAACCCAGGGUGAGCGUCCCUCGAACUCAUAGCCCGAGUGGCGCUUGAGAGUGCAGCAUGCUAGAUAUGGACCCAUAUACAAAUUACUAUUUUACCUUAUAACUUUGGCAGUUUUUCUUUCAAAUAUUUGCUCUCUUCAAAUUUAACAAUUACAGUAGUUAAAAAAAUUGUAUUGACGAACUUUGUAAAUUUUUUGGUUUUUAGUUAACAAAUGUGAAUAUCAAAUUUAUUGUGAAGAAUUUUUUAUUAUUGUUGUUUUUUGCAAUAAUUCUCAGAUGAAAUUAUAGUUUUAAGUUUUAAAUAGUUAAUUGUUUUUAAUUUAACUAAAUUUUUAUUUCACAUAUCGUACAAGUGCUUUGAGAUUUAUGAUAACUCUUAAGAACGAAAAAAUUUAAUUGGAAGCUUUUCUAGAAGUUAACUUUUUUAAUUUUAAUUUAAUUUAUAUUUAUUAGACAAUUUUAAUAUAAAACAACAGUAUAUUUUUUAACUGAAAGACAUGUGACUUAUUACCAAACUCCAAACUAUAGAGCUGAGAAACUAGUUCUUGAAAAAGUUAUUGAUGAGAUUUAAGAGCCAAAUCACUAAAUCGCACGAGUUCACAUCGCAAGGAUAUUUUGCAUGACACCGAGGUGUACCGGAUUUAUAUAAAUGAGUUUAUUAUGGAUUAGUCGUGCCAAAAAUAUGGAUCACAAAGCAGCCUUAGCAUGUAGACACAAUUAGUAUGCUCCAACUUUUUAUGUAAAAUUUACCUUUAAUAGUUUACUUAAACGACUUAUGAUCCUUUGAUAGAUCUGAAACCAUACAAAGCCAUUAAAGAAUGUGACAAGAAUAUAAAUCAUCCCGCGAAGAGGUCAAACACGGUGACAACUAAACAGCCUUUGAGUAAGCAAACAACUUAUUAAGAAGUGUAUAGUAUUCUGCCCACUUCACUUGGAAUAAGAUUUAAAAAGAUGUUUUCCGAGACAAUCUUUUCUAUAAUCAGCUAACUUACUCUACUGAGUAAACAGCUAAUGAAAUUCUUGUAAUUUUACAAGAAAUUGGAAAUUUUAAAAAAUGUGACGAAUUGGCCUAAAAAACCUCAAACAACUAUGCAAGGAUAAUUGUAUUGCCAUCGGACUUAUUUUUGCCCUGGUUUACAUACAUAUUUUACUCUUAAAACUAAAAGAGCCUCUCUUAAGCUAUAAAGAAUUCUCUGAAUAUGUUCUUAAAUAUAUUUGAUAGAUAGAUCGAGGCUACGUGACUAUAAAAAGAGAAUAAGAACAACUGAUUCCACGAAAGCGAUUUCUAAGAGUCAAAAUUGAUAAGGGUCCCCAAUAUCCCCAAUGCGAAACAGACGGAAGCAAACCUAAGAUUCAAAUAACUGCGACGGAAAAAUACCUCAAAUAUCUGUAUUUGCAUAGGUAUGGUUGAGAGCCUUAUCGCGUUUAGGUCGACUAAUUAAUCACUUCGUACAUCAAAGGUCACCGAGGAUCAUACUUUCAUUGAUAUGAAAAAGUACUGUCAAUUUAUAUAUUUUUUUAAGAGAGAAGUAACUAGUAAUUAGAAGUAGUUUCUCAACAAAGAAAAUAUUGACAUGGCAAAUCCGAAAGAGUGUGACUAAACAUUUCUGGAAUUAAUUAAUUGCCUUAACAACUUUUCGCAAUAUAACAUGUACUCUGAAACUAUAGGAUCCGGAAUCAUUCCAGAAGGCUGAUUGGGAAUUUCUCUCAUCUCUCUCUUAUUCAACAAUGUUGACAGUUUAUCGAAGUUGACCGAUAACAUUGAUAUUGUAGGGGUUCCGUUCCAACGCAAGUGUUGGGUCCAGAUGAAUCUAAAUUUGUAAAUUAUUUUGGGCAUGGUUUUUUUACCGUUAUAACAACAGUAAAUGUCUUGCAUUCAACUAUUACAGCCUUUUGUGCUUCUAAGCGAAAAUUUAGCGCCGAUAUAGGACUAGGACAUAGACAGCCACUUAGUUAUGACAGAUAACCAAGGAUAAUGAGACAUAUGACAUUCGUUUCGGGAGUAAGUUCACAAUAUUGUUGUUGUUGCAGAAGUAUUGAGGAAAUGCGGCGGAGACACUUCGUUAUAGAUACCGGUACAACAAUCUGUGCAUUUUAGAAAUCACCAAUAAGUAUAACGGAAAAUUAAAGACAUCGAAUUAAUGGAAAUUUUCAACGAAAUAGUUGCGAAGAUUUUCUUGUGGAAAGACAAGAAAAUGUUAAGUUAUAUGAGUUUUGGUAAAUGUUUUCAGGAAGUCUAAAUUAAGGUCCAGGAAUUCUGACCUAGUUCUUCAUGAAUAAACUUUCAACACUUCAUAACUAUAAAUGGCGCAUUUUAUUGCGUUGCCAAAAUAGAAAAAUUUGAAAAAUUCAUUAACUUUAUAAAAAAUUUAAGAAAUACGUAGCCAACUGGGGAAACAUAGUGCAGAAAUAGAAAACGUGAAAUAAAAUUUUGAAUAAUGAGAUUCAAGUAAAAGUAAUAGUUAUAAGUGAUAGUAAUAAUAGAUAAUAUGCUUAUAAAUAUGUGAAUUUAGUCAAAAUUAUUUAUGUAUUUCAGCUUCCCUUUUUAAGACCUUACUUAAGACAUGAUUUCGUUUUAUGAAAUUACCGGACUUUUCCUGAAAGCGUAAACAGUUUUAGUGAAAUCUUUCGUUAUUUAUAGUGAAUAAUUUUAAUUUCCCAAAGGAAGAUAGGAUAUGUUUUAGAAUUUUUUUUAAUGAAAAUUGAGUUUUCAAACAAAACUAGUUGAACUAUGAUUCAAUUAUUGACUGUAUCUUUAGAACAAAAUCAAGAAAUAUUUUUACUCUUAUUGUGGAAAUCAUGCAGAAAGGAAAAGGAAUGAAUUUUUAUUAAAAAAAUAUAUUUCUUAUUUGAACAGACUGUAUAAGACCUAAAAUCAGCAAUAAGUAUAAAAAAAAGACUUGACACAAAUAAAGAAUAGAUAAUUUGCGAUCAUUAAGAAGUGCAGAACUUUUCAAAAAACAUUUUCUGUUUUCGUUAAUUUUCAAAAUUAGUGGCUCACGUCUUGUUAUAAAGCUUCAAAAAAUCAUAAAUUUUUACACUUGUUUAAUAAAUUGUUGUUUGAUUACCUCCAAAGACAGGUUUACGAAAUUACAAUUCUCAACGCUUUAUUUUUGGUUCGUUAUAACUUUAUGAGGCUAUGAAACCCGUAAAUAUAAAAAAAUUUUGCUUGUUUAUGUAAUUAAUGUAAUAUUUAUAUAAAAACUGUGUGAUAAUUAUUUAGAAAAAAUUUCUAUAAUUUAUUUGUAUUAAAACUAAAAAAUUCUAGUUGAUGAAAAUAUUCUAAUAUUUGAAAAUUGACAAUAAGAAGCAAAGCUUAAAAUUAUCUAUGGGCAAAACUAGAUUAAUAUUAUUUCUGUGAUUACUUCACAAAUGUGUGAAAUAUAUAUAUGUACAUAUGUAUAUGUAUAUUAUAGAAAAUGUUUCAGACUUUCGAACACUACGAGCCUACGGCAAUAUAAAUCAAAUUAUUUCCAAUAAAAAAUGCAUGACAAAGAGCUUACUGGAUCAAAUUUAAAUUACUAAGAAAAAUAUGAACAAAAUAAUAUUUUCUAUAAAACGAGUUUUAAAAUAUUUAAUAUAUUUAGCUGCACCGUGAUGACAAACAAUGCAAAGCAAUAAUAUUUUUAAAAUAAUAAACACGAAACUAAAAUAUUAUUGAGCGCGCGGCGCAAUAUUGGGUCGGCCUUUGGAAAGCAAAAAAAGAAAAAUAAAUAGAUAUUUUUUUUUAAGAAAUUAUACACUUGCCUUGUGAAGUAUUUGUACUCAUAAAAGCUUAAAGCAAUGGCACACGUGUAUUUUACAUAAUAAGGGUGAAAUAAUUUUACUGAGAAUUUGAAGCGCGUAAUAAAGCGACUUCGGAAACCCCCUUGAGUGCUAAAGAUAAUAUAAGCGGCUUAUACGUAUUAUUUCUUAACCUUUAAUUGUCGAAAAUACGCAAGUAAUAGAAGGUUUUAAUAUACAAAUUUUAUUGUAUUAAUUAAAUUGCUGCGUUCUUCAUUUAUCAGAGUUACAAAUGUUUUUAUUAAAAUUAUUAAAUAUUGUUAUACUAGAAGUAAAUUAUAUUAGAUAUUUAUUAAAAGUGUCAGUAGAAACUGCUAAAAUGUAUGUAUGUACCUGUAAACAUAAAAGAGGCUUUAAAAGAUGAAAGAGCAGUGCUCACAAAGAAUAUUUUCCAAUUACUCAAAAUUGAGUUCAAUAAAAAAAUUCAAAAUUA